GCUAGCGAUUUUCUGGGGGUGGAUCCAGCCACAUUGUGGCGAAAGUGUGAGCGCGUGCCUGGAUGGAAAAUUGGAUUUGUAUGGCUGACGCGCCUGGGGGACGGAGAGUUUUGUGCUGCUGUACGUACCUUGAGAGGGAGCUCACUCACUUACUCGCUCAUUCACAGUCUUUGUUGUUUGCUUGAGUUGUUGCUGCUCUUUUUGAUACGCAAGGUUAUGAAAAGAUAAUUUGUUGAGUCUUUGAUUUAUUGUUUCACUUUCUGUUUAUUAUCGUCUUUUCAUUUAAUAUCUAAUCACAGAUUAGACAUGCCUCCACGGAAGCGCAUCAGAGAUGAAGGCGAGGCAGCUGCUGAGCCAGUGGCUAAGCGGCGCUCAUCACGACAAGCAGCAGCAUCAAUUAAAAAAGCCGAAGAAAAGGAACAUGUUACGCCAGAAGUGAAGAAAGCCGCUGCUCCAACCAAGAAGCGUGCUGCUACUGCAAAGGAAACCAAGAGUAUCAACAAACCAGCAGACGACAAGAAAAAGGCUACUAAAAAGUACAGCAAGAAGACCAAUGCAAAGAAUGAAGAUGAUGAAAAGGCAUCAUCAGGCGAUGAUAAAGCGACACGCGCCGUCUCCGAAGACCCGGACAUUGACUCCAUCCCAGCAACGAACCCAGAUGCACCGCGUCACGACGGCGAGUGGUAUUGGCUGAUGAAGGCUGAGCCGGAGACGCGAUUUGAGAAUGGCAUUGACGUUAGGUUCUCGAUUGAUGAUUUGCGGGCAAAGGAGAAGCCUGAGGGGUGGGAUGGAAUAAGAGCGUAUGCGGCGCGCAAUCACAUGAGGAACAUGAAUCAGGGCGAUAAAGCCUUCUUCUACCAUUCCAAUUGCAAGGAGCCCGGCAUCGCAGGCAUCAUGGAGAUUGUCAAGGAGUUUUCCGAAGACAAAAGCGCUCGUCGCCCAGGAACGCCCUACUACGACCCGCAAUCCUCAAAGGACAAUGUCCGCUGGAGCCUAGUCCACGUCGAGUUCAGAAAGAAGUUUGCCGUGCCGAUUGGCCUCAAGGAGCUGCGUGAAUUGGGCAAGCAGGGGGGUCCUUUGGAGAACAUGCAGAUGCUGAAGCAGGGCCGGUUGAGCGUGAGCAGAGUCAGUGCGGAGGAGUGGAAGGCGCUCUGUGAGAUUGCGGAUAAGAAGGCGGAGGAGGCUGGAGUCAAGCACGAAACGACCAAGUUGACCAAGUGAGUCUGAGACGGAGUGAGAGUUUCUGGAUGAAAUGGCCAUGGAGAGAGGGGGUUGAAUGCCUAAUGGAGGAUGGACUGUAAAGACAAAAGGUGUGGUGAAGUCAAAGCGUUUGACCGUCUUUUCAGGUUGCUCAUGGCGAUGAUUGUGCGUUGUCGUAAGUGGUAAUAUGCAGAGCAAUGCCGUUUGUAAUUUUCUUCUCCUUUGCAGCUGUAACAUUACCUUAAUACGAACAAAGUUCACAAAAGAUUACGAGUUGCCUCUCUCAGAAUGACGAAUAUGGCUACAUCUUUUCGUCUUUUAGGGCGCCAAAGGGAAAGAAGCAAAGGGAAGGGAAAAGCGAAUCUUUGCCUGGCGCGUAUCCCGCCGACGGUGCGUCUCCUCUCACACCAAAGCCCCUCUUUCAGAUGUCGUCGCACAGGAUUGUUUUAACCUCACUAGAGUCAGUCAUACGUAUCAAUUUUAGACUGCCGCGAGAUAAGCCGGGUUAG